AUGCGCGAAGAGUUGAACUCGGUGUACAAGACUGGGAAUGUGGAGAAAAACAUUGCGUUUCCCACUUGUGUGUCUAUAAAUAACUGUGUAGGUAACUACUCCUCGCUUCCGGACGACCCCUUUGCGCUCUCAGCUGGCGAUGUAGUGAAGAUUGAAAUGGCAGCACAUAUUGGCGGCAAUGUCGCCACAGUCUGUCACACGCAUGUGGUCCCAUCCGAUGGUAAAACGCCAUUGCAGGGCAGAGCUGCGGACACUAUCUGUGCCGCGUACUACGCCAGCGAAACGGCACUCAGAAUGAUCAAGCCCGGAGCGUCGAUUUAUCAGGUGGAUAUUGCCAUGACCACAGGCCAGGGUAAAACCAAAGAUCUUGAUGUAAAGCCCAGUGUAUACCGACGCAACCGAGAUCGUGUAUACCAAUUGAAGCUUAAGGGGUCCCGCGCACUGUUCGGGCAAAUACUCAAGACAAAUCCGGAUUGCGCGUUUUCUAUCAGAGACUACGUACAAUGGGAUCCGAGACACACUGCGAUGGGUCUACCCGAGUGUCUGAAGUCUGAGCUACUGUUAGCUUACCCAGUUCGAUUCGAACCCAAGACGGAGAUUGUGGCUCGCUAUAGGUUCACCAUGUUACUGCUACCCUCCGGACCCGUGCGAAUUACUGGUGCUGGAGUGGUUCCUUAUGUUCAGUCGGAGUUCUCAAUCGAUAACGCGGACCUUAACGCGUUAUUGGAGACGGCGGUGAAUGACAAGUCUGACACGACCGCUAAAAAAGCAAAGAAGGGAACGAAGUCUAAAAAUAACUUUGCCACAGAACCCCAAGAUGUGAAUAUGGCUAUGUGA